AAAUAACAUGUUAGGGUCAUGAUGGUAACUUCACGAAAUCCCAUAUAUAAGAAAUAUAUUAAUAAAUGAUUCAGUACUAUAUAUAAAUAGGUUGAUGCAACACUAUAACACAACAAAAACAUUAGGCCAAAGCCAAACAAUAAGACUCAAGAGUUCAAAACUGUCCCGUGAUAAUAUAUCUCUUGAAGUUGGAAGGAAGUGAUGGAGUUAGGAGGGUCAAUGAGGGAUUUUCUGCACAAGUGUGGUGGCUACGCCGUCAUAGAUGGUGGUUUUGCGACUGAGCUUGAACGCCUUGGAGUGGACCUCAACGACCCACUUUGGAGUGCCAAAUGCUUAUUUACUUCCCCACACCUCGUCCGAAGGGUUCACCUUGAUUACCUUGACGCUGGAGCAAACAUAAUAUUAACAUCAUCAUAUCAGGCCACAAUCCAAGGUUUUGAAGCUAAAGGGUUCUCUAAGGAAGAAGGUGAAGCACUGCUUCGAAAAAGCGUGGAGCUUGCACGUGAGGCACGUGAUAUUUAUUAUGCUAGGUGCACAAAAGAUUCAUUUGAUUUCAUCAGAGAUGAAAGAUAUAGAAACCGUCCCAUUUUAAUUGCAGCUUCUGUCGGAAGUUAUGGCGCCUACUUAGCCGAUGGCUCUGAAUAUACAGGGGACUAUGGUGAUGCAAUCACUGUCCAAACACUCAAAGAUUUUCACAGGGAAAGAGUAAAGAUUCUUGUUGACGCGGGUGCUGACUUAAUUGCUUUUGAAACAAUUCCAAACAAACUUGACGCACAAGCUUAUGCUGAACUUAUGGAGGAAGAAGGAAUAGAAAUUCCUGCAUGGUUUUCUUUUUCUUGCAAAGAUGAAAACAAUGUGGCUAGUGGUGAAUCUAUCUUAGAGUGUGCUUCAAUUGCUGAUUCAUGUAGACAAGUUGUUGCAGUUGGAGUUAACUGUACUGCUCCUAGAUUUGUUCAUGGCUUAAUUUCAUCUAUUAAAAAGGCAACAAGUAAACCAAUACUUGUAUAUCCCAACAGUGGAGAGACUUAUAUUGCAGAGAGCAACCAAUGGGUGAAAUCAAGUGGGGAAGCAGAGGAUGACUUUGUCCCUUACAUAGGGAAGUGGCGUUAUGCUGGGGCUUCUAUUUUUGGUGGGUGCUGUAGAACCACUCCUAAAACUAUUAGAGGCAUAGCUGAGGCAAUAUAUGAAAAAUCUCAUGGCAAAUCUAUAUAACUGUUGAUGACUAUGACUAUGACUAUGAGUGUAAUAAUGGAACAAAUUAUCACAAUAAUGUAAAGGAAAUGGUUAACUUUA